AUGGACGCGAAACUCGCGCAGUUAUCCUCGGUUGCCCAGAAGGACAAGGGUUCUACCUAUCUCUCGUUACUUUCUGAUAUAUUCUCCAACCCUACUUCGUCGAUCGCGCCCUCGAUACACGCACUUGUCGAACACGUUAUCACCACAGACCCUGGCAUCAUCGUCGGCCGCCAGUUCUUCACUGAGCUCGUGGCCAGACUCACCGACGGGACCGUCGCCGACACUGAAACUCGCAAGACUGUCAUACAGGAUGCGCUGUCUACUCUACAGUCACGCUUGACCACGUAUGAAGAGCAGGUCAACCAGCUAAAGAUCGAGCUUGCGGGGAUCUUCGAAGCGGAAGAGGAAUGGAGCGAAGCUGCUCGGACUUUGAAAGACGUGAACCUUGACAACUCGCGUACGACGGACGAAGAGAAGCUCCAGUUCUACGUGCGCAUUGUGCGCCUGCACCUCGAGGACGAAGACAGCGUAUCGGCCGAGACGUACUACAACCGCGCCGCUUCGCUUAUACAUAGCACUCGCGAUAAAGUCAUCGUACUUCAAUACAAACUCUGUCAAGCCCGUAUCAACGACUAUAACCGGAAAUUCAUUGAAGCUGCACUUCGCUACCAUGAACUUUCCUUCGUAUCUGACAUUGAUGAGGAAGAGCGUCAACACAUGCUCGGUGCAGCAGUGACUUGCGCAGUGCUCGCUCCCGCAGGCCCUAGCCGCUCGCGUGUUCUCGCUUCACUGUACCGUGAUGAGCGCUCAUCCGAGUUGCAAACCUACAAUAUCCUGUCGAAGAUGUUUCUUGAACAUAUUUUGCGGCCAGCCGAAGUGAAGGAUUUCGAGGCGACGCUCAAGCAGCACCAACUUGCCCAGAUCGCGUUGUCCACGAACGACCGACUGGCAUCGGCUCUCGGAGAUGAGGAAGAGGAAGCGGGUACGAGUACGCGCCGUGGGCCAGCAACAGUCCUAGACCGCGCAGUGAUGGAGCAUAAUUUGCUUGCGUCUUCCAAGAUCUACAACAACAUCUCCUUCCGCGGACUUGGUGCCCUGCUUGAUCUUGCGCCCGGGGCGGCUGAGACGAUGGCCCGCACAAUGAUAGCGCAAGGUCGUCUGAAGGGACAUAUCGAUCAGGUUGACCGCCUGAUCUGGUUCGAGACCGGACGAGAAGAAGAUGAUGCUCAGGGUAAAGCAGGAGGGCUGGGUGAUGUCGUGCAAGAGACCGAGGAUACGGGAGGCUUGCUCACAAAACGCUGGGAUAACCAGAUUCGCGCCACGGCCAGUCACGUCGAGACGAUAAUGCAGCAUCUCUUAGAGAAAGGUCUUACUGGCCCAGGCGCAGCAGAAGUCACAGCAUGA